AUGAAGCGACCGCCCCUACCGCAGCCCCAGCCGCAGCCACCGCCAUCCCUCCCUUCCCAGCAGCAGCAGCAGCAGCAGCAACAGCACUCGGUUCUCGGCCAGUCACAGCCACCAUCGGCGGCCCAAGGGCUAGCCGGGGUCGAUGAUGCACUGUCGGCGUUAAUGGCCGGCCGAGCAGCGGCCAAUGAUGAUCUCGAUCUCGCCACCCAACGCAACCUUGCUCUCGCCCGUCUCAACGGAUCACCAUUGGCCACCGGUGCGAACGGAGGUACCUCAGCGGCCGCCGUUGCUGUGGCCGCAGCGGCGGCGGCUGCUGCUGCUGCAGCGGCUGCCAACAAUGGUGGCCCUCAGCCACCCCAACCUGACGGACAGUCUCUCUACAGCCAUCUGUACGGCAAGGAGAUGGGUUUGAUGCGUAAGCUGUCCUCGAUGGACGACUACUCAGCCGUUGCGGCCGCCCAACAGCAGCUUCACGCGCAUACCAAGUACAAUGGCACGAACGGUGGUAACGCUGGUGGCGCUACGUUCAAUGGCUAUCAUCCGCACGGUUCCGGUGGAGGGUUGCUAAAACCGUGCUACGACUACGCGACCGCUACGGCAGGACCAAACUCCACCGGCGCUCCACAACAGCAGCAGCAACAGCAGCAUCACCAUCACAUGCAGCCACCAACGAAUGCACCCUCGAAUGGGCCUCAAAUCAAAAAAGAGCUUUCCUUCGGUGAUCUCUACACACCGCCCCUAACGCCGUCCUCGAUCGGAAGUGGUGGAAGCACGGGCAGCGCAGGAACCAGCUCACAAUCACCAGCCACUACCGGUACCACCACGGCCAGCGCCGUCUCCACGGCACUGGCUUUCAUGAACAAUUUGCAACACUCGUCGGGUACAGGGACGGGUUACGGUGACAGUCCUGGUGGUGGUUCCGACGGUAACCAGUCAGUGAACGGCGCUGGCAACAACAAUGCCACGGCUAACAGUUGCCUGCGAAGCGGUAAGCAGUUGGUGGCAAACACCGAUCAGGCAACAGCCGCCAUGCUUUCGAUGGCGGCUCGCGGUGGCUCAAUUAUGAAUAGUCUAGCGAAUGGUGGUAGCAAGCAGCAGCAGCAGCAGCACGAUUCGCCAAAUGCCAGUGACCAGCACAUGCACAAUCAUCAGUUGCAGCUGCAGCAACAUGCGGGAGGAAUGCAUCUUCACGGUGGCCAUCAUACCGUUGGAGGACCGAGCGGUGCAACGAUGAAUGGUACGGGUGGUGCGAUCUCUGGUACCGCUGCUGGCCCCGGCAAUGACGAGGAACCGGAUAAACUAUCGUCACCACUGACUGGCACGUCGACGCUCACCUCCGAGCUGCACGAUCCGGACAAUGACAGUGUUGAGGAUGGGUACACGAUCCUGUAA